UGGCCCGAUCGGUUUCAUUUUGUAGCUCAAAGGUGAGGUUAGGGUUUUUUUCACCAAACCAGCGAGGCAGCUACCGUUUUGUCGCCAUAGCACUCCCGCCGACCCCCUCGCCGCCGCCGGGAAUGGAGACCAGCACCAAGAAGCUUAGCAGCCUUCGUAUCACCUCCCUGGACGACGAUGACGACGAGACCGAGAUCCCGCACCAGCCCCCUCAAGCAGGCCUCUCCACCGCUGAAGCGGAUUAUGAGGACGACGACGAUGAGGAGGAAGAAGCCGAAGUGACUCUUGGUGUCCUUAGCAAACCGAAGCACCCAGGCCUCCUCCUCCGCCACUUGUUCCCCAGCAAGGCCGGUGGCAUCCCGGCGUGGCUAGACCCGGUGAACUUGCCGUCGGGAAAGUCCAGCUACUGUGGUUUCUGUGGCGAGCCUCUGCAGUUCGUCCUCCAGAUUUAUGCACCAAUUGAAGAUAAUGUAGCAGCCUUCCACCGAACGCUGUUCAUGUUCAUGUGCCCAUCCAUGGCAUGCUUGCUUCGAGAUCAACAUGAACAAUGGAAGCACAAGUACGGGAAUCCAUGUAGAAGUGGAUUGUUUUCCAGCGUGAAGAUUUUCCGGUGCCAAUUGCCACGGAAUAAUGCCUUCUACUCAGCUCAACCUCCAAAGCAUGAUGGCUCUGACAAACCACUCUGUCCAGGAGCUCCUGUAUGCCACUGGUGUGGUACCUGGAAAGGUGAUAAAAUAUGUAGUAGCUGCAAGAAAGCAAGGUACUGUUCUGAGAAACAUCAGGCACUGCAUUGGCGAACUGGUCAUAAAAAUGAUUGCCUCCAGAUAAUAAGUUCUGCUGCUUCAAAUUCAGUUCUGCCAGCUGUAGGAAUAGUUCCUGCUAGCAUUUCUUGGCCAGAAUUUGAGAUAAAAAUAGACUACGAAGGUACUUUUGAUUCUGAUAGUGGUGAUGAAAACAACUCGAAGUCAUUGGUGAUGCAAAGACAUGGGAAACUUGAUGCUAUGAUGCAGUCGUGGAUGGACCAUUUCGAGGCUGAUGCUGACAACAAAUGCUGGGCGUCUUUUCAAGAACGGGUCUCAAGAGCACCAAAUCAAGUGUUGAGGUAUUGUCGAGAACCAAAUGCUAAACCUCUAUGGGCCUUAUCUUUCGGGUGCCCGUCAGAUGCUGAUAUCCCAUCAUGUAGCUACUGUAGAGGUCCAUUAUGCUAUGAAUUUCAGGUAAUGCCACAAUUGCUUUAUUUCUUUGGUGUUGGAAAUCAACCAGACUCGCUUGAUUGGGCAACAAUUGUUGUCUACACAUGUCAAGGGUCAUGUGACCAAACUGUUAGCUACAAAGAGGAAUUUGCUUGGGUUCAGUUGUACCCUACAACAACCACGAGGCGGUAAUAAUGUUUACCUAUUCCUCGGAGUAACUACUGUCCAAUUCUGCAGGGAAUUGACAGGAAUCAUAGGCAAGUGCAUACCUCCUUUGGGUACUGGAAUUUUGAGAUAGGAUGUGGCUUCAAUGUUUCCAGGUCUAUUGGUCGUGCAGGGAGUUUUAAGCAUCUUCCGACCGUGGCCCAAUGCUUGGUGCUCGUUACAGUGCCUUUGAUCCAUUUAGGCACUAUCCUUGGGCCCACGAAUACGUGAUGGCAAAUAGUUGCAUACUUCCAUUUUUGUGGUGGGCCACCAUUUUCGGUUUAAUUGUCAUCAUCACAUCAUUAAAAAGCUUUGUUGUUUUUUGUUAUCUAAAAGGAUCAUUGGUCUCAGAAGGUGCUCGCAUUCAUGUAAACAUUUCCUUCAUCGGCUAAAGUUUUGAUGUUGGUUUUGAUUUUAAAUGGAACAUUAUUAUGUUAAUAUUCCAGUGGUGUUUUCACCCC